GGCAACAUUAAUCUAUGGCUCUUGUUCAAUUCAUUUCCGCCAUUGUUUUGGCCUUUGUUACUCUUCCAUCUUUGGCUCGAGCAACGACGACCCAUUUUGUAGGUGAUCACUACGGUUGGGCCCUCAACUUCGACUACGCGGCUUGGGCUAAGGGUCGUCACUUUUAUGUCGGAGACAAACUCGUUUUCAAGUAUCCAAAGGGGUAUCACAACGUCUAUAAAGUAGAUGGCUAUGACUUCGAGAAAUGCAAAGUUCCACAACUCAAUGGAGCCAUGGACACCGGCUACGACGUUAUAACCCUCACAACUCCGGGAAGAAAGUGGUACAUUUGUGGCAAAGCCUAUGGAAAACAUUGCAUGAUGGGCCAAAAAUUGUUCAUCUAUGUCAAGCCUAAACCAUAUAUGCCACCAAAACCACCAGUUGGUCGACACCCUAUACAUCAUUUUGUUGGUGAUGCUUUUGGGUGGAAGUUCAAUUUUGAUUAUGCAGCUUGGGCUCGUGGAAGAGACUUUAGAGUCGGAGACUCUCUUGUGUUCAAGUACCCACGCGGAUAUCACAACGUCUACAAGGUGAGCGGGCCGGAAUUCAAUUAUUGCAAGGUGCCUCAGGCGACCGAGGCUCUGACGAGCGGAUACGACGUCAUAAAGCUGACGUCACCAGGGAGGAAGUGGUACAUUUGCGGCAAGGCCCACGGCAAACACUGCCAAAUGGGCCAGAAGCUCUUCAUCUUUGUGAAGCCGUGAUAAUUAAUUAAGUCAAGUCUCCUUUCAUAGUGAUGGAGUAUUACAUAUUAUGCAAUGCGUGUCCCCUUGUUCUUGUUCGUG